GUUUAUCACCACUCCGACCUUGUCAAGCUAGCUAUCGUCCACCUAAUAUGGUAUACCGUAGACGAGUAAAACGAGUCAAUGUGUAGCACUUCCUCUGUAGCAGAGCAAGUGAGGGAGAGAGGCAUCAUAUUUCAUGCCGCCUCGACAGAUAGGGUACUGUAUGUAGGUAUGUAUCACCACAACCCAACCCGAUUAAUCCAUCCUUUUCUUUCCCCCCCUUCUCGCCCGCACGCACCCAACGAGUACCGUACACCAGCCCAUCCAUCCAUCCAUCCAUCCAUCCAUCCAUCCAUCCAUCCAUCCACAACUUCCAUUCCCCCGUCCCUAACCUCCCAACCCGAACACUCACCUACCAAACAAACCACAAGGAACCGAUUUCCCCCUCCCCCGUCCGCGUACCCGAGUACCAGGGUAAGAGCUCGCUCACUCGCUCGCAACGCAACGCAGGGUCCCACCACGGGACCGGCAAUCACGCCCGGUUCCCUUUUUCCCUCUUGGUUUACAUUCUUCGUUGGGUAAGUUACAUCUCAAUUCAAUUAGAGAAGAGGAGGAGGGGGGGGGGAACGAAACAGAGAAUACGAAGGGUCCGAGCUCGAGCGAGCGUACGACUAGA